AUGGAGCACCUUUAUGGUGACGGCACCGACGCGAAAGAGUCAACAUCCCAGGUCUCCUCGCCUACGGAAGAACAACCUGAAAAGACAGCUCUGCCCUCACCUCCACCUCCACCACAACCCAUCCCUACAGGCGGAGAGAGCUCUCUUCCAGCAAAGCCCUCUGGAUCCCCGCAGCUAUCGUACUCGGCACAGAUUGCUCAACAAUUUUCAGCGUACAAGCAGACACCGGCUCAAGAACGCCAGUUACCACACCAUCAAUCCAGCUCCCGACCUGCAGGAGGCACUGAUGCUAUCGAUGUUACUGCGCAUGAUGAUGCAGGUCUCAGGCGACCAGUUAGGCCAUCCGAAAUGAAGGAUGAAGGAAAACUCUUCGUCGGCGGUCUCAGCUGGGACACCACAGACGAAGGUUUGAGAAAGUAUUUUUCGGAGUUUGGGAAAGUAGAAGAUUGUACCAUCUUACGGGAUCAUGAUGGACGGUCUCGUGGGUUCGCAUUCCUGACAUUCGAGGAUCCGAGCUCCGUCAAUGCAGUUAUGGUCCGAGAGCAUAUCCUAGACGGGAAAGCUAUUGAUCCCAAGCGCGCGAUUCCUCGGGAGGAGCACUUGCGCAAUACCCGCUACUUUGUCGGAGGCCUCUCACAUGCUACGACAUCCGACUCGAUGCGGGCGUUCUUCUCCGCGUACGGUAAGGUUGUAGACUGCACGGUCAUGGUCGACAGAGAGUCGGGGCGAUCGAAAGGCUUCGGCUUCGUGACGUUCGAAGAUGCCAGCAACACAGAUCAGCUCGUCGGCAGGGGCGAUCUGAUUUUAGAUGACAAGAUGAUCGAGGUUAAAGUCGCGCAGCCCCGCAGCCAGCGUGAUCAGGUGCGGACUCGGACUACCCACGAGGGAGACUUCGAGGGCGGAAGCAGUGCGGCUGGAAUGGCCUUCCCCGCGAGCCAGCAGUCGAGCAUGAACCCACAGCAGAUGUCUAUGCUGUACCAGCGUAUGAUGGGCCAGCUGCCUAUGAUCGGCGGUAUGAGCUCGAUGGGGAUGAACUCCAUGGGCAUGGGCAUGCCUGGUUUCGCAGGUGGCACCGGUGGUGGUAUGAUGCCCAUGGGCGGCGUCAGCUCCUCAAUGGGCGAUUUCAGUGGCAUGGGUGGCGGAAUGGUCGGUGGCAUGGGCGGUAACAUGGGCACCGGUAUGGGGUCUGGCAUGACUACCGGUAUGGGAUCCGGCAUGGGCACCGGUAUGGGAGGUGGCAUGGGCAGUGGCAUGGGAGGUGGUAUGGGAGGUGGUAUGGGAGGUGGCAUGGGUGGAGGCAUGGGAGGCAUGGGUGGUGGCAUGGGUGGUAGUAUGGGUGGUGGUAUGGGCGGAAAUAUGGGCAGCGGAAUGGGGGGAAACAUGCGGAUGGGGAUGGGGCCGAUGAACAUGGCCACCCCUAACAUGGGGAUGAUGCGACCUUUCAUGAACAACGCCGCGAUGAUGCGUCCAGGGAUGGGCAUGAUGGGCGGGAUGAGUCCCAUGGCGAGAGCACGAGGAGGUGCGAUGGUUAAUGCAGGGGUAGGCCCUAUGCGCAGUGCAGGACGGGGACAGCACGGUUUCCAUCCAUACGCUCGGUGA